UGGUGGGCACCGGAAGGUCCGCCUCUCCCCCUAGUGCGUUAUCUAUGGCCGCCUCCAAUGGCAGGCCUGGCCCUGCCCAGUCCGGAUCAGCUGAUGGUGGCAAUGCCUGGUGACAGGAGCCGCCUCGGCCGCGGGACGGGGUAUGUGAAUCCAGAUGGAGCGCUCGGAAGGAGGCGAACAGAGCCAGCAGCAGCAGCCCUGGGGGAGGCUCGUUCGGCUGGGUGCUGAGCAGGCAGAGCCGCACGUCUUGCUGCUGAAAAGAGAAUGGACGAUUGGUCGGAGGAAAGGUUGUGACUUAUCUUUCCCUGGCAACAAGUUGGUGUCUGGAGAUCACUGUAAAAUCAUAGUGGAUGAAGAAUCUGGCCAGGUGUCACUGGAAGAUACAAGUACUAAUGGAACAGUAAUUAAUAAACUGAAAGUAGUGAAGAAGCAGACAUACCCUUUACAGACUGGGGAUGUGAUCUAUGUUGUUUACAGAAAAAAUGAGCCAGAGAACAAUGUUGCUUAUCUUUAUGAAUCCUUAAACACAAAACAUGAUGCAACUCAACAACCAGUAGAAGUUAAUGUAGAAAAGCAAUGCCAUGUGACCAAAGAUACCUCAAGUACAGGAAGAAGUAAUGAUGAGACCCAAAUUACCUCAUCACCGUCAGCUACUCAGUCUUGCUAUGAGGAACCACAGCCAUCUACUUCUACAUCUAACCUCUUUAAUGCUUCUUCUACCUCUCUUAUUGAGUCUGCAUCUGUUCAGCAGGAUAAUCCUUCUACAUCUGGAUCACAAUCCUCAGUUUUCACUCCUGUGCCUGCUUUCCCCAUCUUAGAGCCCGUGUGUCUGAGAGCGCUGCAUGGCGAACGUGGACAGCGGGACGUGAAUACUGAAACCUCUGCAGUCGCUUCAGAAAUCACUGACAAAGCAAAAGCAGAAUCAGAUUCUCAAAGUGUGGAGGAGGAGGAAUGUUUGGAACCUGCUAAGAAGAAACUAAAAGGAGGUGAAGGUGCUUGUCCACAUCUUCCACCAGCAGCUCCAAGUGAAUGUAUAAUUAAAAUUGGCUCUGAAGAUGGAAAAACAUCAAAUGUGAAACCAGAUAAGAUGGAAGAAACGCUGACUUGCAUUAUCUGCCAAGAGCUGCUGCAUGACUGCGUAAGCUUGCAGCCUUGCAUGCAUACUUUUUGUGCUGCCUGCUACUCAGGAUGGAUGGAAAGAUCUUCUCUAUGUCCAACUUGUCGUUGUCCGGUAGAACGUAUUUGUAAAAAUCACAUAUUGAACAACUUGGUUGAAGCUUAUCUGAUUCAACAUCCAGAUAAAUGUCGUAAUGAAGAUGAUGUACGUAGCAUGGAUGCUAGAAACAAAAUUACUCAAGACAUGUUGCAACCUAAGGUACGGAGAUCUUUUUCGGACGAGGAAGGAAGUUCUGAAGAUCUAUUGGAACUGUCAGACGUAGAUAGCGAAUCUUCAGAUAUCAGUCAACCAUAUAUAAUAUGCAGACAGUGCCCAGGGUAUCGAGGACACUCUGUUCCGACUCUGCCUGGCACGGGCCAAGAGGCAGAAGCAGGAGGAACGCGGGCUCUGGGAGAUGCGCCGUCUACGUCUGCCGACUUCCCUGCAGCUGUCCAGGAGUACGUGUGUCCUGCUCAAGGAAGCCACGUGAUAUGUACCUGCUGCUUUCAGCCCAUGCCCGACCGAAGAGCGGAGCGUGAGCAGAAUCCUCAUGUUGCUCCUCAGCAGUGUGCAGUUUGUCUGCAACCCUUCUGUCACUUAUACUGGGGCUGCACUCGGGUGGCGUGUUUUGGCUGUUUGGCACCAUUUUGUGAAAUAAAUCUUGGUGAUAAGUGUUUAGAUGGAGUCCUAAAUAACAACCACUACGAGUCAGAUAUCCUAAAGGAUUACUUGGCAUCCAGGGGUUUGACAUGGAAAAAUAUGCUAAACGAAAGUCUCUUAGCUCUUCAAAGAGGUGUUUUUAUGUUGUCAGAUUACAGAAUUACUGGGAACACAGUGCUGUGCUACUGUUGUGGCCUUCGCAGCUUUCGGGAACUUGCCUACCAGUACAGGCAGAAUAUUCCUGUUGCGGAAUUGCCAGUUACUGUCACGUCACGUCCUGACUGCUACUGGGGACGCAACUGUCGAACUCAGGUCAAAGCACAUCAUGCCAUCUGUUCUAGAACUGUGGCUGCUGCUCUUAGUCCCUAAAAUCCGCAAAAGCAAACAAUCCUGUCAUACCACUCCUAGAUAUCCAGUCAUGUUGUUUUUCUUUUAAUUGAGUCAAACUAUUUUGGUAAGUAGUUCUGUUUUGUAAGCAAGGUUUCUUUCUAAUCUUUGAUUUAAUUCAUCAAGAGGGAGAAAAUUCAUGGUGUCUCUUGCAUCAUCUCUUCCACUUCUGUACAUAUGUACACACUCAACACCCCAACUGUCAGUUAAGUGUCAAGGGGAUGCAUAACCCGAGUAAGAGAGAAGCGAAGAAUGAAUAACGAGAUGUUUUUGAGAACUGGAAGACAGUGCCUCAUAGAAAAAUUGUGUUAUCUGUUUAAUUCCGGAAGACACACAUGCUGUUUCCACAUCACCUAAAUAAUACACAGUGAGAAAUACUUGUCUUUUCCUUUCCAGAAGCAGCUUCUAAGCCAGUGAAAGAACAUGUUUAUGUUGAGAUCUGACAUUACCCUGGUUACUUCUGCUUCCUAGUGACUUGUUUAGUGUCGUCCAAUACAAAUUACUAAUGUCUCAUAGGGCAAAAUUAAUUCAUUGAUUCCUGUUUAAUUGCUUUCUGGGUUUGAAGCGUGCAGAAGUAUAAAGGAGUGUUUUAGUAACAGGUUUUCUGUGUACAUAAUAAAGCUAACAAGGGUUAAUCAGGAGAGAUGUUGAAAAUCCUGUUACAGAUAACAUGGUGCUAGAGUAUGAUCUAAACAGAUUCUGAAAAACGGGUAUGUUAGCAUGUAAAUGUUCUGCUUUAAAGUGCUUACCAUUUAAAAUACUCUGUGAAGGACUUUUUCUUUAUGUUGCCUGACUUCUGAGAACUUUGUUACAGUUUAAUACUUUUUUUUAUUUCAGGAAAUUCAAUCACAUUUGUGAACAAACACGAUUCAAGAACUGAAAACUCAUAGUAGUGAGGGGACAAAAACCUGUUAUACUGCUUGUACCGUGUGAGGUUUCAGGGGUCUUCUCUGUUCCCCAUAGCAGGGGGUCAGUAACUUUUGCAUCAGGUAAUCUGGUGUGAACUUCUUGAUUUGUAGAAUUUUACAGCUGUACGUGAAUAAGGUAGGGGGUUCUUUUUUCAAGAAAGUACAGCAAGCGUUGCAUUCCAUCCUCAUGACUACAGUGUCCCUGUAUCGCUUCAGUGAAGAACACAGAAAUCACACACACACAAACCAGCCAUAUUUUGGGAAGACCUAAGAAUAAGGAGUGUAUUUGCACUACUUGUGAAGAAACUAAUAAAAUCCUUAGACUUAAAAUAGAAAUGUUUUGUAAAAGUAUCUGAUGGGUAUUUCAAGAGCCAUUAAUAUUUAAGAAGGAAAUUGUCAGUGUAUAUUUGUAACUGCAUUUUGUGGUAGUCUGAUAUUUUCUCACUACCCAUUGCAUUUGGGCUAGAAACCACAUUAAUUUUCACUUUAAAAAGAAAUCUGUCCAUUAAACAGCCUUUUCAGCUUAAAGCUUCUACCAUGUGUGAAGUGGUAUAGUGGAAGUAGCAGAGUUUCUUUGCUUAGUUUAGUCGUGUUGAUGUUUUUAUUCGCAUUAAAUUGCAGAAAUAAUUGCACAAAAAUUGGAAAAUCACGUUUAGAGUUGGGGUAAUAUUUGAAGCAGAACAGACUUCUGCUGGUAUUACUUCUGUAGUGGUUUCUAUCAGAAGAGCAGACAGUGCAUUUGACAGAGGGCAGCCAGUAGGACACACGGGUUCAGCCUUUGAGGUUUUUGGUUUGAUCCCGUGUUACAUGCGUACCUCUGCCCCGCAGCCGCUCGCUGGCGCGCGUACACUGGCCAGCGUGUAGAGAAAGCUAUAAUUUAAAACAGAAAAUAGCAGCUUUACUGGAAGGAACAAUCUAAUGGAAAAUAAUUUAGUUUGGACAAAUUGUAGCAAUAUGGACCCAUUUCUGGUGGAGUGAGGAUGAUGAAGGGGAGCUCUGGUGUCCCUGACACAAAAAAAUGUAGAUUUUAGAUUCAUGCCUUCUGCAAAGCUCAUUCACGGGAUUUAAAAUAAGAAAUAAAUACCAACACAACCCGCCCUCCCGUGCACGAAUGGGUGUGAUCCGAACUGGCUCGUGAUCGUCUGGUAGCUAAUGGUGGCAAAUCUCAACUGGGACCAAUUUUUCUUUUUCUUGGUACACAGAAGAGUAGAACAGGAUGAGAAGAAAGCAUACCAAGUUACCUCUGUAGAUACGGUAGUGUGUUGGUUUUAAGUAUGCCUUAUUUUAUGAGCAGGAUUUAUACUUCAAUAUUAAAAAGUGUAUACACUAUCUUGUGAUAUAAUGGAGCACAAAUGAUGCAGCACAUCGUGUCUACUGGUGUCAGUUAAUUAAACGACUAUUUAUAGUAAUGCACAUCUUAAUAUGAAUGCUAAUUAGAACGAUGCAUUUCUGUUUAGAUUUUUAUUUUUUAAAGGAGCUGUUGCAAGGUGGGUCUGUUGACCGUGCCUGUGUGCUAUUAAAAUACACUUUGGUGUGGACUUCUCUUCCUAAUCUCUGGGCAUUUUCUCCUGUGAGUAGGAUUGAAAUUGUAUCUGGAAUAAUACUUGAAACUUCUUUUAACAACAACGGUGUGUUUCUGUCUUUUAGUGUUGUUAUCAAUGUUCUUUUGCUUCUGUAUUUGUAUUUUGUGUUUAGAUUUUUUUAUUGGUAAUUGUAUCUUCUCAGGACAACCGUUCCCAGCUGGUUUUGAUCUCAUUUUCAUCUCUUGCUGUGCACGUAGCAAAUUGAGUGCGGUUGUGGAGAUCAAACCUUUGCACAUGAAAUGCAGAAAUGUGCUUCGCAUUCUCAUUCAGCACUUCCCAGGACGAGCGUUCGGCGCGGACUUGUCGCUGCGCUGGUGUCCAAGGUCCUGUGCUGGUCUGGGGGUUCUUUGGUCAAGAUUAUGGUGUCUACAGAACUAUGUACAACCUCGCUUGCACUUACUUCAGUUAUAUUUAUAUAGGGAUGUAUUAUGUGACUUUAAGAAAAAAAAAAGGGGGGAGAAAAAGCAACAAAAAAACAAA